CCCCCCAUCUCUACAAGAGUCGACGAUAAAAACAAAAAAAGCCCGUGUAAAAGUGUCCGAAAAUCGUGCAUAGCGUCAAACAAAUCGUAACUCGGGCAGCAAACUCAAGCACCACACUUUUGGGGGUCGCGUGUGCAGUGGCGAUUAAAUUUUCGGUAAUCGCAAAAUCAGCAAAAAAGAGGAUUUUUUGAAAAACUCUCGCCCUUAACGCAUUCCGUUUCGUUCACACACACCAACGCCGAUGACAUCGAUGUUUGCCACCUCUAGCGUCGUUCCGUUCCUUGCAAUUUGCGAAAAAGUGUCGAAAAAUUGAGGAAAAAUAUGCUUUCUCCGAGUGCCAACUUUUGAGGGUAUAGAACUGAUCGAUAUAGCAGUAAUUUAUCCGCAUAGCCGGCGUUUUUCCAUUGGCCGCAACUGGAAAACUUCUCGUUUUCUUUUCCCCCGUGUACGUGUGUGUGUGCGUGCCGUUUGUCGUGUGCCCCUGUCCGUGUGCGUGUGUGUGAUUGUGCUGGUGUGAGAGCGCGCGUGUGUGUGUAUGUGAAGAAAACGCCGCACACUGCGAAAAUUUUCCUUUCCCCAACGGUCUAAUAUAACCGCUAAAAUUGUGGAAAAACAGGAGAAAACCCCUAAGCGGAAGAAGAAGACUGCAGCCAGUAAAAUGUCUGCAGUUUAUUCGCCGCAACCGCCGCAGCAGCAGCCGCAACAGCAGCAACUGCAGCAGCAGCAGCAGUUGCAGCAGCCUCCCCCGCCACAGCAACAACAACAGCAGCAGCAGCAGCAACAACAGCCGCCUCCUAAUUCCGCCCCCAAUCAACAGCCGCCAGGAUCUGGAGUUGGUCCUGGCGGAGGGGGUGGAGGAGGAGGCGGAGGUGGCGGCAUCCUGCCCAUGGGAAUGCAACAACAGCAGCAGCAGCAGCAACAACAACAACGACCACCCAUGGGCGUACCAGGAUCACCGGGGAGCAUCAUCUCGGGCGGCGGCGUCGGAGGAGGCGGAAUCGGUGGCGGGCUAAUGGUCACCCCACCAUCCACACCACGCGGUGGCCAAUCCAAUCUUCAAGGAGGCGGCGGCGGUGGAGGUGGAGGCGUUCCGCCGCAAGUCAACUCCGCGCAGAUACAAAAGAUGCUCGACGAGAAUUGCGGGCUCAUCCAAACGAUCCAGGACUUCCAGAGCAUGGGCAAGGCGCAGGAGUGCAUGUCCUACCAUGUCGCCCUGCAUCGCAAUCUGGUCUACCUCGCCCAACUGGCCGAUCCCGCCAUGAACAUCUCACAAAUACUGCCGCCGCCGCACAUCCUCCAAACGCAGGCGAUGCAGCAGGGCGGCCAGCAGACGCCGCAAACUGGACCGCACGGAAUGCUGGGCGGUCCGCCCCAGCAGCAGCAGGUGGGCCAGGGUCCGGUGCCGGGACAACCGGGCCAGGGUCCGCCCCAGAUGGGCAUGCAGCAGCACGUCGGUGGCGAUCCCCAGGGACCGCCUGUCCAGAUGCCACCCUACGGUGCCCAGCAGCAACAGCAGCCGCAGCCACAUCCCGGCCUUGGGCCGCCGGGCGCCCAACAGCAAUCUCAGCAGCAGCAGCAGCAGCAGCAACAACAACAGCAGCAGCAGGCGGCGGCGGCAGCAGCAGCAGCAGCGGCGGCAGCAGCCGUGGCCGCCGGCCAACAGCAACAACAACAAGGUGGACCGCAGGUCAGCCAAGCGGGUCCGCAGUCCCAGCAGCAACAGCAGCAGCAGCAUCCCGUCUACCGCAACGCCCAGGGCCAGGGUCAACCGGGUCCUGGCCAGGGACCUGGUCAAAACCAGGGACCGGGUCAGUCCGUCAUCAAUCCAAAUGCAGCGCCCAAUCAACAGCGUCCCAACAAUGGACCCCUGCCUGGACCCCAGAAUCCACAGCAACCGCAGCCCGGUGGCCAACAGCCGCCCAACCAGCAGCAGCAGCAGCAGGGCGGUCCCGGCGGACCGGGCCCACAGCCGGGUGCCGGAGGACCCGGUGUACCGCCGCCCCAGAGCCCGUACCGCGUCAGCUAUCAGCAGCAACAGCAGCAGCAGCAGCAGCAGCAGCAUGGCCACUAUCCGGGCUAUCCGCCACAGCCGCAGACGCAGUACCAGCCGCAGGGCGCCUAUCCCUACGGCCCGCCCACCCAGGGCUAUGGUCCACCGCCCCCGGGGCCCCCGAAUGCAGCCCAGGGUGGCUACCAUCACGGUCCAGCCGGAGCGGCGGCCGGAGCUGGCGGUCAUGGCUAUCAGCCAAAUGCCGUUGCCGGUCAGGGACCGCCGCCGGGAGCCUAUCCGCCGCCACCGGGUAGCCAGCAGGUACCGCCGGUGCCGGGACAACAACAGCAGCCGCCGCCGGGACCACCGCCACCGGGUCAGAUGUACGGUCCACCGCCCACUGGCGGCCAGCAACCGCCGCCGGGACCGCCGCAGAGUCAGUACGGACCGCCGCCGCCACAGAACUCCGCCGGUGGACCGCCACCCAUGGGCUAUGCGGGCUAUCCGCCCAAUCCCGGCCAGUAUGGUCAGGCUGGAGCGGGCGGAGGACCACCACCCGGUGGCUAUGGACCACCGCCGCCGCCCACGGGCAGCGGCCAGAGUCCCUACCAGGCCUAUCAACAGCAGCAACAGCAGCAGCAGGCGGCCGGUGGCGGAGGAGCGGGUGCACCGCCGGGCAGCAGCUACCCGGGUGGACCGCCCACCAGCGGAGCAGCUCCACCACCGCCGCCGGGCGGUGCCUACAGCACCACGGCGCCCAGCCAAACGCCACCGCCACAAGGAGGCGUGGGCGGAGGAGCAGGCGCCGGCAACACCAAUCCCAAUGGACCCAACGCACAGCAGCAGCAGCAGCAAUCGACGCCGCCGCCCCAGCAGGGAGGUGCUGGCGGUGGAGCAGGUCCCAGCGGACCCGGCGGUGCUGGCCAGCAGUAUGCCACCGGGCCCCAGCAGCAACAGCAGCAGCAACAGCCACCGGGCGUUGUGGUUUCCGGAGUGGCACCACUGCCCACGCAAGUCCAGCCCACAUACUCGACUCCGGGCAACUACAAUCAGCAGCCCGGUGCUCCGCCGCCGCCCAAUCAGCAGCAACAGCAGCAGCAGCAGCAACAACAACAGCAGCAGCAACAGGCACCGCCGUCCGCUGGAGGAUCCGCUGGCGUGGGAGGAGGAGCACCCAAUGCCCAAGGCAGCCAGCAACCGCCACCGAAUGGCGCCACACCGCCGAUGCCGCCGAAUCAAUACCAACCGGCACCGGGGGCACCACAAGGUCCGUACGGAGGACCGCCACCACCGCAAGCGUACGGUCCGCCGCCGCCGGGGAGCGCCUAUCCCGGCCACGCCUACCAUCAGCCGCCCCAGGCCGGCGGCUAUGCACAAUAUCCGCCCACGCAGGGCUAUCAGGGCUAUCGGCCCGCCGGGGCACAGAUGCCGCCGCCGGGAGCACCGCAAGGGCCACCACCCACCGGUGCAUACGGUUACUACGGCCAACAGCCGCCUCAAUGAGGAAGGGACAGCCUAUUGCCGCCGCUGCCGCCUGGCUGUCUCCACAACAAGUAGUUCUCAGGCCGAAGCUGGACCGGAUUCACAGGCUUUGCCAUUGACAACAA